AUGAGUUUCUUUGAAAAGGGCAAGAAAAUCGUGAAGACCCUAUGGGCAAAGAUCGUCACAUGUGCUGAUCAGCUUAGGAGUGAAGCCCUCUCCAGAAUGUUCCUGGUCUUUCCCCAGACCAAGACCUACUUUGCUCACUGGCCAGACCUGAGCCCAGGCUCCAAGUCAGUGAAGAAGCAUGGGAAGGUGGUCAUGGUAGGUCUUGGAAAGGUUGUCAAUAAUAUCAAUGACCUUUUUGGUGCACGGAGCAACCUCAGUGAGCUGCAUGCAUUUAAGCUCAGAGUAGAUCCUGCUAAUUUCAAAGUCCUGUCCCACAACAUCCUUGUGGUGAUCGCCAGUCACUUCCUGAAAUAUUUUAGAGCUGAGGUUCACCUGUCUCUGGAGAUAUUCUUCACCACGGGUGCACUCACCUUGUCUGAUAAAUAUCGUUAA